AUGCGUCGUAAGUCACGUGGGGGGAUUGACGGAGUGCUGUCUGUGUUGAACUCCCGCACCCAGUCAGGGAUGGCUUGGCGCGCUGGGGGGUGCCUGGCUGAAAGCGCAUCUAGCACGUCCCUGGAUGGGGUGGAGACUGGCGUGGCAGUGAGAGAUUGGAGGGAUUUGGCUAAGUCGCCAGCACCACCUCUCUCCACCUCUCUCCAUCUCUCUCUACCACCUCUCUCUACCACCUCUCUCUACCACCUCUCUCUACCACCUCUCUCUACCACCUCUCUCCACCACCUCUCUCUACCACCUCUCUCUACCACCUCUCUCUACCACCUCUCUCUACCACCUCUCUCUACCACCCUCACUUCACACUCCUCACCCCCCCUCACAUCACCAUCCUCUCUCUCCCAGGUCGAGUUCUUCCCCAACCACCGCUUCAGUGCAGCAGCAGUGUGGCAGUGGUGGAGAGAAAGCUACCCCGACGGGCGUGCAUGCCACCAGCUCUCCCUAGCAGCCCUAACGCCCUCAUUCUCGCCCUUGCUCCCAUCCCACGCAGGUCGAGUUCUUCCCCAACCACCGCUUCAGUGCAGCAGCAGUGUGGCAGCGGUGGAGAGAAAGCUACCCCGACGGGCGCUGCGCCCAGCCCGACUCUAUCACAUUCUUCACCGGGGUGAGAGUCCUUACCGGGUCAAGCCAAUUCUCACCUGCCCCGACGGGCACUGCGCCCAGCCCGACUCCAUCACAUUCUUCACCGGGGUGAGAUUCUUUUCAAAAGCCUCCUCUCCCUUCUCACUGCGGCAUACGCCCCUCACUCUCUCGUCCACUGAUGGCCGCUGUGCGCAGCCCGACUCCAUCACAUUCUUCACCGGGGUGAGUUCAUUCACGUGUUGGGCAGCUGAGCUGAGGUAUACCAUCCCUUCCUCCCAUCACCACUUAUGGUCCGGUCAUGGCAUCUCACACCACCCCCGGCGGUCGGUGCGCGCAGCCAGACUCCAUCACGUUCUUCACCGGGGUGAGCCUUUACUCCCUUCUUCCCUCCUCUUCCAACAUCUUCUUCUGCCCAUUCCUAUCCCACUGGUCCGUCCGGUGCCAACCCACUACAUGCGGCUGUUACAGGAGUUUGACCGCAUGCCCCUGCAGCUGCAGCGGUUGCCCGUGCCAACCCACUACAUGCGGCUGUUACAGGAGUUUGACCGCAUGCCCCUGCAGCUGCAGAGGAAGUCGGCUCUUGCCGCCAGCAAGCUGAGGCUCAUGAUGUGCGGCUCUGCCGCGUGCCCUGACGAGCUCAUGCGGCGAUGGCACCAGGUCACGGGGCAGAGGCUGCUGGAGCGAUACGGGAUGACAGAGUUCGCAAUGGCCCUCACCAAUCCUUUGCUGGGAGAGAAGAAAUCAGGCUCGGUGGGCGUGCCACUCAGAGGGGUUAAGGUGAAACUAGCAGACACUGCAAAGGAUCGGCACAGCAGCAGCGGCAGCAGCAGCAGCUGUGCACGAACCAUGCUGGGUCACUUGUCUGCUCCCGGGGCAUUCAGCAGUAGCGGCAGCAGCAGUGGUGGUAGCAGCAGGGUUGACAGCAGCAAUGGGACGUGGAGCGGGGGGUGGGGAGAGCUACUAGUGAAGAGCCCUGGCAUGUUCCUGCGAUACUGGAACCGACCUCAGGAAACAGAGCAGGCGUUUGACCCACAGGGGUGGUUUCGAACAGGCGAUAUUGCAUCGGUGGACAGCCAUGGGUACUGGCAGAUUCACGGCAGGGCGAGUGUGGACAUAAUCAAAACGAGGGGCUUCAAGGUUUCUGCCCUGGAGAUUGAAUCGAAGCUGCUGGAGCAUCCUCUCAUAUCCGAGGCAGCAGUGUUGGGAGUACCGGAGAGGCAGCAGGGAGAGGCAGUGGCGGCAGUGGUGGUGCUGGGAGCAGCGCAGCAGCAGCACACCCAGGGGCAGCAGCAGGGCGUUACUGGGGAAAGUUUUACUGACACCAGCGAAAAUGCAUGCCCUGUGAUCACUCUGGACGAGCUGAGGAAAUGGGCAGCCCCCCGCAUGGCUCACUAUAAGGUGCCAUCGCGCCUGAGAGUCGUUGCCACCAUGCCUCGCAACGCCAUGGGGAAGGUCAACAUGAAGGAUCUCCUGAAGAGCCUUUUUGCCCCCAUGCAGCAGUCCUGA